AUGUUGUUGACCAUUUUUGAGAUGAGAAGUUUUAUAGCCGUCAUCAAUGGAAUGCACGUUUGUUUGGGAUGUACCAUCAUUAACAUACGAUUAAUGGUGCUAAUCAAGCGACUGAGCUGCCUGGAAAAGGUGAAAUCCUUCAUCAACGAUCGCAAGUACGGUGGAGAUGAUCCAGAUGCGGCCCAAAUUCGUCAAAAAGCAUACGAGAAUUCAAUGUUGGUUACAUUCAUCUUCAUGCUGAACAUAUUUUACCAGACUAUUUCGUUGCCAAUCAGUGGAAUGGGUGGAGGCGAGCCAAUGCAAUUCCCUUUCAAUUUGGAAUCACUUCCCGAGCUCAAACGUCAGGCCAUUAAACAACUAUACGCGUUGUUCUGGAUUCCCUACGUUUAUCUUGCGGCAAACAAUUUUCUCAGCAUUUACUUGACCCUUGUUGGGUUGCGAGCUGAGAUGAAAAUAACGGUGGAUUCGUUUGAGAAAAUUUUCGAAACUGCGAAUGUAAAACUAGAGAUGGAGGCAAACGAAAGAAGACAAAAUCCUCGAGAGGAGCGUUACUGGGAACUUCUUCAAAAGGAACUGGCCCAAUGUGUCGAACAUCACAGUGAAGUCCUCAAGCAGCUGGAGAACUUCAAAACCAUCACAAACAUUUCGUUUUUGAUUUUGUACUACAUGACCAUGCUGUUUAUUGGUUUCGGUAUUCUUAUAGCGUUUUUCUAUCCGGUGUUUGAUGCAUUUAUACUCAUUUCGAUCGACUACACCAUGAGGUACGUCAUCGAAUGUUACGUUCUCUGUCGGCUCGUGGCUACUUUCAAUGACACUCAAAGGAACAUCGCUCAUGCCCUGUAUGGCAACGAUUGGAUUCGGAAGCUGAAGUUCAGUCCCAAAUUUGCACAGGAGUACAAGAAAGUUCGACUGACCUUUCUGAUCGUGAUGGCCCAGUCGCAGCAAAGUUUGAAGAUCAAGUGUGGAAACAUUUUCGAGCUGUCGAUGGGGAAAUUUACUCGACUUAUCAAUGCUUAUUAUACGAUUGUCAUAUUUUUGUACAACUUUGUGCGGAAUGCGAGAUUUUAA